AUGGCGUCGACAGAUGAGACUGCGCCGGCUUCCGCCGACGCCCCGGCCUCUCCCAAGUCCUUCAAGUCCGCCAGGUCUCACACCUCGGCACGGUCCCCGGUUCGCUCGCCGUCCCGGUCAGCCCAGCCACCGGAGCCCGGAUCUCCUCUGACGGGCGGACCAGCCGAAGAUCGUGAACCGGUGGACGAACGUGAACCGGCUGGAGCACCUGAGACAACUGAAGCAGUUCGGCCGGCCCCAGCAGCUCCAGAAGAGGAGCAUCAUCCCCAACUCGAAGCCGAUCCCGACGUGGCCAGCGACACCGCCUCCAACUACGCCAGCGACGUCUCUGAUACCGCCAGCGCAACCUCGUCCAUCUUCCACUACCAGUACGAGAACGGCCGUCGCUACCACGCCUACCGCGCCGGCCAGUAUCUGCUGCCCAACGACGACAAGGAGCAAGAGCGGCUGGACAUGACCCAUCACGUAUUCCUUCUGACGCUGAAAGGAGAACUAUGUGCCACUCGCCUCCAGAACCCCCAGAACAUCCUCGAUAUCGGUACCGGCACAGGCAUAUGGGCCAUCGAAGUCGGCGACCUGUUCCCCUCCGCCCAGGUCAUCGGCACGGAUCUGAGCCCGAUCCAGCCCGACUGGGUCCCGCCCAACGUGUGUUUCGAGAUCGACGACGCCACGCUGGAGUGGACGUUCCCCAAGAACCACUUCGACUUCAUCCACGCCCGCACCCUGGCCGGCGCCGUCAAGGACUGGCCCGCCCUCCUCCGCCAGUGCUACGAGCACUGCCGGCCCGGCGGCCGCGUCGAGAUCUCCGAGGGCCGCGCCAACUUCUUCUGCGACGACGACACCCUCGGCAAGGACACGGCGACGUGGCAGUGGCUCAGCGAGUUCCGGCGGCUCAGCGCCCCGCUCGGCUUCGACAUCGCGCCCGCGCUGCCGGACAUGCUGCGGGCCGAGGGCUUCGAGCAGGUCGACAUGGUCCAGAGGGUCGUGCCGAUGGGAACCUGGCCGCGCGACAAGGAGCUGCGGGAGAUUGGGCGCUGGUUCCGCGUCCAGUUCUUGGAGAUGGCGCUCGAGGCGUACACCCUGGCGCUCUUCACUCGCGCCGGCAACUGGUCCAACGAAGAGGUGCAGGUCCUCCUGGCCCUGGUGAGGGCGGAGCUGAAGUCUGACAAGAUUCACUUGUACACUUAUACUGCAUUUGUGACGGGUAGAAAGCCGUCAAGUUGA